CCCGCCGUACUGUAGCAGCCUGUCGUCGCCGCUGCUGACGUCACGCGGAGGAUUUGCCACAAUGUCAAACAUCCAGAGUCAGCGCGAGCUCACGGCUUUACCGCGCCACGAUGACAAGCGCCGCCGCGUGCGCGAACGUUAACGGUUCGGUGCCGAAGUCCCGCUCAGGAUGCGUUUGAGGUCUAUGUGAGAGUGUGAGUAAGGUCAGAGGUCAUGCUGCGGAGGGAAUCUGACCCCCACGACCUCUUUUCCUCUGUAGAAACGUCUGACAAUGACUGUGAGAUGGGGGCGAGUUAUGAAGAUCUGGAGGUGACGUGUCUGUGUGAGGCCAGUCCAUGUACACUUUAUUCAGAAGCACACACUCCUACACCGGUAGGUGCUCAGGACAUCCUGCUUUGUGAACACUGUGGAAAAAACAAAAUAAUGCUCACCAGGUACUCUGAGGGAUAUGGCACAGAGGAGGAGUGUCUGCUGUCCGAUCCCCAGGGCGAGAGCGACGCAGACGCUGAUAUAGAGGAUACAGACAGCAGACUCCAGGAGCCGGGGUCCCUCCAGCGAAUCAGCUCGCGGAGACGCAAGCGGCCGCGGGUGGCACGACAGGACACCACAGAGAGUGAAGAUGAUGGUGGGCGGAGUCACCGAACCCAUCGCUGGAACCUCAGGCUCAGUCCUGACAGGACGCACAGCAGAACCAUACUGGAGGAGAGCAUAUCACAAGUCCGGCCUCUGGUUAUCUGUCAGCCGACCGCGGAAAAGCUGAAAACUCCACCUGACGUGUCCCAAGACUCCACGUGGCUGGUUUCACUGUGGCCGUCGCCCUCGUCUUCGUCUCUCCUCCUCCUUCUGUCUGUCUGUCUGUCCCUCUCUCUCGUCCUUGUGAUUUUCCUCGUACCAUGGGCUAGAACCUGACCCAGCUUUUCUCUUCCGUCAUUCCAAAAAUUCUGAGUAGAUCCAUGGAGUCGUAGAAAGAGUUGUGAAAAUGUGUUAGAAUUCAAAAUAGUAUUUUCUCAUUUCUGGACAAAAAAAAAAACUUAAAAAAAAAAGGAAAAAAAAAAAUGUUUCAGAACAGGCCUAAAAUGUUUGGAAAAUCCAGUGCAUUUGUAUUUUAAGAACCCUGAA